AUGAAUCGAUUAAAGAACUUUGAGAUUUUGAAGAAACUAGGAAAGGGAACCUUCGGAGUAGUUCAAAAAGCCAAAUACAUAAAAACUGGCGAAAUCGUGGCGCUCAAGCAGUUGUUGAAUCACUCGGCCAAAGAGGGGUUCCCCAUAACGGCCAUGAGAGAAAUUACAAUCAUGAAGAAGUUGAAUCACACAAAUGUUUUGAAGAUCCAGGAUAUGAUAUACGAAGAGCCCAAAACCUCAACUUCACAGGAUGUGGUUCGAGAGCGAGGCUGCUUCUACACGGUUUGUGGAUACAUGUCAUCGGACUUGGUGGGGAUCUUGCUGAAUCCACACAUCACAUUGAAAAUGCUGGAAAUAAAAUGCUUGAUGAUACAGCUUCUUAAGGGCAUCCAAUACAUUCAUGAGCAGAACUUCCUCCAUCGAGACGUGAAAACCGCCAAUAUUUUGAUAGAUGAACACGGAACCCUCAAGAUAGCAGACUUCGGGUUGGCCCGUGUUUACCACGGCACUCCACCCACUUUGGGCCAAGGUCCUGGCGGAGGAGAACGUAAUUAUACGAGUUUGGUGGUCACCAGAUGGUACCGGCCGCCGGAAAUUUUGCUUGGUGACCGCAAGUACACCACUGCCGUCGACAUGUGGGGUGUGGGAUGUGUCUUUGGAGAGCUCUUUACUCGCAAGCCUAUUUUGAGCGGGAAAACAGAUUCUCACCAGUGUCAGAUAAUCUUCCAAUUAUUGGGUAGUCCUACCACUGACUGGUCCGGUUCGUUGGACCUACCAAAUAAGACCGACUUGAAUAUUGGAUUGACGUGCAAACGUGUGUUUGAAGACGAAUACGGUCCUAUUAUUAAUGAUGCCCAAGGACUAGAUUUGAUGAGCCAUCUUUUGACCCUCAACCCAUACAAAAGGUUCAACGCAUUGGACGCCUUGGAUCAUCCAUUUUUC